UGCACUGAGUCAUCUAUUCAGUUCAUAAUUACCUAUUUAACAUUGAAACUGAAAUAGAAAAAAAAACAUUCUUAAAUGUCAAUUGUCUCAAUUUGAUAGAAGAUACGUUUCUAGGCGAUAGUUUAAUCAAUAAUAAUCUUUCAAUAAUGCAUGUACUCGUAUAUUAACUAAUGAUAUCAAGGAAAAGAUGGGGUUAACGAGUCAUACUGGAUUACUAGCAAGCUCACCACAAAAGAUAAGUUUUAAAGAAAAAGUAAGUAUUACAAUACAGCUAAGAUGCGAAGUAACACCAGCUCCCUUCAUGCUACGACCCUACGCAGGGCUAUACAAUCCAUUUUCACAGGCCUGUUCAGUGCUGUGCAAUCAUCCAGCAGACACCACCACAAAGGAGUUCGUUAGACGAGCUAAAGAUGCAUGGGUACUGGAGGGAAAAUCUCAUUACUUUCAGGAAGACCUCUCCAAAUUUCAAGAUCAGAUUGAUAAAGAAAAGAAUAGAACUCCCCACGAUAUUGUAACUGAAGAUAUGUUUAGAAGAUAUACAGAAACAGACUCCCGUCCACUCACUCCAGCUCCGACUCUCGCCAGUGGGAAAUCCCGGGGAUCCCGACGAUGCCUCACACCGGACCAACCUCGUCAGAAAACUACGAUAGUCCUGGAUCUACGCAGAAGUCAUAGCCAAGAAACUCUUUACUACCACGGUUACACGACGUCGGAAAUGACAGUGGCACACACUACCAGUGCGACCAACGAACGGUCUACUCUACCAUCUCUUAACCUGUCAGAGUCGACCCAUACCAGACUGUUAAAGGGCCAAUGUGAACAGUUACCGCCACUCGCAUCACCAUUAGUACUGGCGAAGCGAGUUCUCAAGGAGCCAGUCAGCGUUCGCACGAUGAAGAAGAACCAACUCAAGGCACUGAACUUGGGAAAGACUCCGAGAAAUAAAAAGAAUGAUGCACCGGCGUCACAACGAUCGAAGAGUGACAAGGAAUUGGACAACAACCCAGAUGAAUUGGUUCCUAUGGAUGACAGUGGCACAAUGGAAAUGCGUAGGCGUGGCAAGAGACGUCGUAAAGGGCGUGGCGGGAGCGACCGCCUCACUUCCGCUGGACUCGCGGCACAGGCCCAACAAGACCCUGAAACACAAAUUGCAGGCAUUGGAACGGAUUCUCAAAACCCCAGCUCGCGGGCAUCCAUUGCUCCAACGAAUGAUGACGACAUUAUUAUACCGCCUGUGGUCAAAACUAGUGUUGCGAAGAAGACUGACUCUUUCCUCGAUGAUGAUAUUCUGAAGUACUUACACAGGGAAGUUGAUGAAGAAGCUAUCGAGACGGAAUUUGACACAAAGCGUCGAUAUGUGCUAGAAGAGGCUCUUCGAACCCGACCUGAUCGUCCGCAUGGCCUGGAAAUGCAGACCCUUCUCAAGGAGAUGAGAAUCCCAGCUGUGAGUUUGGGAGACUGGCUGCACAUACCCAGGGUUUUUUCAAGAAAAAACGCACAGUUUGGACUCCCAAUCGACUCGAAUGAUCUGGAAUCGAUCACACCGAUGAUGUAUGCUGCAAGGUUUGUGACUAUAAAAAAAUCCAAACAACUGCUGUAUCUUACUGUGUUAAGGAAAUUUAGACCUAAUGGUUAUAGGAUGCCAAUUAAGGAUAUACAAGAGGGUCUCACGUUAAUGAUGGGUGGGGUGCUCACACGCGAACAAGCGAAUCAGUUUCAAACAAUAAUGGAGUGGGAUUGUUACAAAGAGGAAGAAACACUCUCAGAUGAUAUAAAAUUAACGCUGCUAGAUACAGGAUAUAGAAAACAGAGUGGCGGUGGAGAUGGGGGAGAGGUUGACAUCGAAAGUAUUAAGUUUAAGACCUGGUGUGGUUUAUGCGCUAUUUGCGAAAGGAUGUAUGGUCGUUUUCCACCUCAAGAGAAAGAUUCUCCUGAUGGGAUAGAGCUCAGUGACUUUUCAAUGAUUGAAACAAAACUCGUCACCCUUAAAGUCCACAGUGGGCUCGCAGAGAUCCUCAACGCAAUACGAACACGAUAAUAUUAGGUAGUUUUAGUAUGGUUCGUUUUUAAAUACGAUUUAGCAUUUUAUACUGAUAAUUAUACAUAGGUUUU